UGGCGUUGUCCUUAUUAGUAAUCUUAACUCGUUAAAGAAUUCCUUUCUGAUAUUCUUGCUACCCUCUGAUGCUUUGUACAGAAGCAAUAAGAUAGACAAAAACUUCGGGUUUAGAACAUAAUCAUAUUCUAAAAUAAUCAUAUUUCCUUAAAGAAAUAUCCCACAAAAAUGGUUCAACGCUUUCUUAGCCUUUGCCACUGGCUCUACAACUUCAUCAUUGAAUGUCUAGCAACGUAUGCCAUGAAAAGUGUAACGUUAGGCCAUAGUUCUCAUGAGGCUUCAGCUCAAGAAACACCAUUUGCAGACGCAGGCUUGCAGGACAAAGUAGAGCCAGAUCCAGCCCAUGAUCAUAAAAAAGUUGCCCAAGAAAUACCAUUUGAAGAUGCAAGUUUGCAGGACAAAGUAGAGCCAGAUCCAGCCCAUGAUCAUAAAAAAGUUGCUCAAGAAAUCGGCGGUCACGGUAGCAUUUCCUCCGAACCAUCCAAGGAAGAGGAAAAUGAAGAGGGGGCUGCAACUCAAGCUCAAGCUCCAAAGAAAAUGGUUAGCAUAAAUGACACGGUAGAGGAGAUGGCAGCAAGCAGGAAGAAAAGUAGAAAGAAGAAAAGGACAGAAAAAAUGGGUUCAUUUGAAAAAGAAAUAGAUGAGCCAAAACCUUUGAAAUCGAUUUUAAAGGUGGGAUCUAAGCUCUUAUGAACUGUAGCAGCAGUUUGGGGUUUAGCUCAUUUUCCUUCUGCUUUGUUCUUUCUAUAUUAUUGGCUAGGGAGAUGGCCAAGAUAACCUAUUAAUCUUAACAGAUACUAAGAUUAGUGUUAUUUUGUAACUUUUACAGAAGUGAAAACAAAGCAUAAUAAAUCUUUUCAAGUUGGUUCAGUUUCUUCCAUUGAUUAUAGAUGUUUCCUUAUGGUCUGCUUGAGAAACAUUCCUAAUCCAUAAUCCUUUUUCACAAGGCCGGCAGC